AUGGGAGAUGAAAAAGACAUGACACAGCAAUGCAGUCUCAAUGACAAGUUGUGUAUUAUCCAGGAGCAGCAGUAUGAAAUCAUCAUCAUUCCAACCCUUCUGGUUGCUGUCUUCCUCAUCCUUCUUGGAGUCAUCCUGUGGCUUUUUAUCAAAGGAAAACGAUCUCAACAACAGUCUUCUGGACUCCAAGGCAUUGCUCCUGUGCCCCCAUCUGGGAGCCUAAACAGAGAAGCAGGAGAACAUGGAGGAAGUGUGUUUGUGCCACUUACGGGAACAUCGGUGGAAAGCCUUCUACAAACUUCCACACAUGCCCCACACAUGGCUAAGCUGCAGGUCCCCCGGGACCAACUCUCUGAACUUCUGGAGCAGAUCUACAAUGGUAGUUGUGGGGCCAUCUAUCGAACCAAGAUGUACACUGGAGACCCUCCUAAGUCCAAGAGUAUUGUCCUCAAGGUUUUAAAAGAGCCAGCUGGGCUCCAUGAGAUCCAGGAUUUCUUAGGGCGAAUUCAAUUCUAUCAGUACCUGGGGAAACACCAGAACCUGGUACAGCUGGAAGGCUGCUGCACAGAAAGGCUGCCGCUCUAUAUGGUGUUGGAGGACGUGGCCCAGGGGGACCUGCUCAGCUUUCUCUGGACCUGUCGCCGGGAUGUGAUGACAAUGGAUAGCCUUCUCUAUGAUCUCUCAGAAAAACAAAUAUAUCACAUUGGAAAGCAGGUCCUCUUGGCUUUGGAAUUUCUCCAGGAUAAGCAUCUGUUCCAUGGGGAUGUGGCAGCCAGGAAUAUUCUGAUCCAAAGUGAUCUUACCGCUAAGCUCUGUGGACUGGGCCUGGCUUAUGAAGUUCACACCCAAGGGGCCAUCUCCUCUACUCGCAUCAUACCUCUCAAGUGGCUUGCCCCAGAACGGCUUCUGCUGAGACCAGCUGGCAUCAAAGGAGACAUCUGGUCCUUUGGGAUCCUGCUUUAUGAGAUGGUGACUCUAGGGGCACCCCCAUAUCCUGAAGUUCCUCCUAUCAGCAUUCUACAGCAUCUCCAAAGAAGGAAAAUUAUGAAGAGACCCAGUAGUUGCUCACACACCAUGUAUAAUAUUAUGAAGUCCUGCUGGCGCUGGAGUGAGGACAGCCGCCCCUCACUUAGAGAGCUAUGCUCAGGCAUAGAAACUGCUGCUCGAACUGCAAAUGAUAAAGCUGUGUUGCAGGUACCAGAGUUGGUGGUGCCUGAACUGUAUGCAGCUGUGGCAGGCAUCAGCGUGGAAAGCCUUUCCUACAGCUUUAACAUCCUUUGAAGAUCCCAGGGCAAAAACAUUUAUG